AUGGCUGAUUCCCAGAUUAGUGCGAACCGCAAGCGUCGUCGUUCGCAGCAGCUUCAGCAGCAGGACGACCCAUUCGACGCCUCUUCCCCUCUUCCAGGCCCAUCGGCCGUCAACACACCUGCUGGUAGAUCCUCGCCACCGCCUUCCUCUCUUCCCCCAUCAAGCCCACCGGCUGCAUUCUCUGAAUUCACCGACGGCGAACUUGAUGAUGCAGACGUCGUCGACGAGGAGCAAGAAGCGAGGCAAUUGGGGGACCAUUUCCAGGCCAAUGCUGACUCGGACGAUGAGGGCGAAGAUCUGUUUGGCGAGAACAUGGAAAAUGACUACACUGAAAAUGCAGCACUCGACCGCUACGACACUGCUCUCGACAUCGACGACGAUCAUCAGUAUGAUCAGAUGGACGCAAACGCACGUCGGCUUGCUGAAUUGCGCAUGAGUCGCCGCGAUCGCACCGAAGCUGCCAACCGUGGUAGCCGCUCGCGUGCUCCCGAGUUCCUCCAAAGCGACGAUGGCGCCAGCGAUGCCGACGACGGCGUUGCCAUCCUCAACCGUCGUAGACGCCGACACUAUGACGAAGCUGCUGCUGGUGCUGAUGCUGCAGCUCUGGCGGACGACUUGCCUCUCGAGCAGCUGGGCGAUGUAAAGACCGACAGCAUCGCCAGCUGGGUGGCCACUGAAAAUGUCCGCAGGGCCAUCGUACGCGAAUUCCGCAACUUUCUCGUCACCUAUGUCGAUGAAAAUGGUGUCAGUGUAUACGGCCAACGCAUCAAAACCCUCGGUGAGACCAACGCAGAAUCGCUUGAGGUUUCUUUUCUUCACCUCGUCGACUCGAAGGCCAUCCUCGCCUACUUUCUGGCCAACUCACCUGCUAGCAUGCUCCCCAUCUUUGACGAGGUUGCCUUCGAUGUCAUCAUGCUCUAUUAUCCAUCCUACGACCGCAUCCACUCUGAAGUCCACGUUCGCAUCGCCGAUCUUCCCACAUCUUCCACCUUGCGUGACCUUCGACAAGGUCAUCUCAACUCGCUCGUUCGUGUCAGCGGUGUCGUGACUCGCCGCAGCGGCGUAUUUCCACAGCUCAAGUACGUCAAGUUUGAUUGUCUCCGUUGCGGCACUGUGCUGGGUCCCUUCUGGCAAGACGCCAACCAAGAGAUCAAGCUCAGCUACUGUUCCAAUUGCGAACAGCGUGGCCCCUUCCGCAUCAAUUCCGAGCAGACCGUUUACCGCAACUAUCAAAAGAUGACGCUACAGGAGUCGCCUGGAAGUGUACCACCCGGUCGUCUGCCUCGCCAUCGAGAGGUAAUCCUCCUCUGGGAUCUGAUUGACUCGGCCAAGCCGGGCGAGGAGGUUGAGGUCACCGGUGUUUACCGCAACAACUUUGAUGCCUCGCUCAACACCAAGAAUGGCUUCCCCGUCUUUGCUACGGUCCUCGAAGCCAAUCACAUUGCCAAGCGGGACGAUGCCUACUCAGCUUUCCGACUGACAGAAGAAGACGAACGCCAAAUCAAGGCGCUGGCUAAGGACGAGCGCAUUGGCAAGCGUAUCAUCAAGAGCAUCGCACCCUCCAUUUACGGACACGAAGACAUCAAGACUGCUAUUGCACUCAGCUUGUUUGGCGGAGUGCCCAAAGACAUUGGCGGCAAGCAUCGAAUUCGCGGUGAUAUCAAUGUCUUGUUGCUCGGCGACCCUGGUACUGCCAAGUCGCAGUUUCUCAAGUACGUCGAAAAGACAGCAUCGCGUGCUGUGUUUACAACCGGACAGGGUGCUUCCGCCGUCGGUCUUACAGCUUCGGUGCGCAAGGACCCCGUGACGCGCGAGUGGACGCUCGAGGGAGGAGCGUUGGUGCUCGCUGACAAGGGUGUCUGUCUCAUCGACGAGUUUGACAAGAUGAAUGACGCCGACCGAACCUCGAUUCACGAAGCCAUGGAGCAGCAACAAAUCAGUAUCUCCAAGGCUGGUAUCGUUACUACGCUGCAAGCUCGAUGUGCUAUUGUGGCCGCCGCCAAUCCCAUUCGUGGCCGAUACAACCCCACAAUCCCAUUCAACCAAAAUGUCGAGCUCACCGAGCCCAUUCUGUCGCGUUUCGAUGCGCUCUGUGUGGUCAAGGACACGGUCGAUCCUGUGAAGGACGAAAUGCUGGCGCGCUUUGUCGUCGGCUCGCAUUUGCGCUCGCACCCCAAAUUCGAUGAAGAGACGGACGAGCAACUCGUAGCUACGUCACUGGACGCCGACAUUCUGCCUCAGGACGUGCUUAAGAAGUAUAUCAUGUAUGCACGAGACCAUGUGCGGCCGUCGCUCAACGCGCUUGACCAGGACCGCAUCUCUCGUCUAUACGCUGAUCUACGUCGCGAAUCAAUCUCGACGGGAAGUUUUCCGAUCACAGUGCGUCACUUGGAGAGUAUGAUUCGCAUGGCCGAGGCCUCUGCCAAGAUGCAUCUGCGUGACUAUGUGCGCACUGAUGAUAUCGACGUGGCUAUCCGCGCAACCGUCGAGUCGUUCGUGUCAGCGCAAAAGAUGAGCGUCAAGAAGACGCUCGAGAGGGGCUUCCGCAAGUAUCUCCACCAAAGCCGCGAUCACGACGAGCUUCUCUCCUUCAUUCUUGGUUCAAUCGUCAAGGACCGCAUGCGCUUCGUACAGCUCUCCAAUGGAGCACGUCGAGGUUCCGCGGCUCCCUCCAGCACUGUAGUAACUGUGCCUGUAUCCGAACUUGAAACACGCGCCAAGGAAGUCGACGUGUUCGAUAUUCGUCCAUACCUUGCGUCCAAGCUGUUCCACGCCAAUGGCUACACCUUCAACCCCUCGGAUAGGUCUAUCACUAAGACGUUCGGAGCUAGUCGGGCGGGUCUGACAGGUGGUGCUGCCGCGAUGGCGGCCGCGAUGGCAGCCUGA